CCGGAUGAUGUGCGGUACGGGUUGGCUAGGACCGCUCAGGCUGUGAGGAGGGCGAGGAGGGUCAUCGUUGUUUGUGGGGCAGGGAUCUCGACCCCCGCUAUACCCGAUUUCAGGUCGUCAACCGGCUUGUUCAAGACGCUCGCCAAGGACCCAUUCGCCAACCUCGGCACGAUCGGCGGGAUCCGAAGCGGGAAAGAUCUCUUCGACGUACGAUGCCUCUCCGACCCGUCCCUCUUGCCGGCUCACCAUUCCCUGCUCAAUACCCUCCAUCGCCUUACCCAGAGUACCGAGCCUACGCUCUUUCACAAAUACAUGAAGACGCUAGACGAGGAGGGGAGGUUAUUGAGGGUCUAUACGCAGAAUAUCGACGGGCUCGAAGCCAAGGUCGGCUUGGAUCUCAGGGCCCCGGGGGAUUACGGCUUCCUGAGAACAACGCCGACCAAGAUGGAGCCUAUACCUGAUGCGAACGCCCGGGCCAACGCCUUGCCCAGAGCUGUACCUCUCCACGGCGUCUUGUCGACUAUGGACUGUACGCGGUGCUCUUACAGUCAGAACUUUGAGUCCUAUUACCCCUUGCCUGCGGAUCUCUUGUCCUGCCCGUCAUGUGAGGAGACGCAAGAGGAACGUCUCGCUGCCAACCAACGCGCCCGGUCUGUCGGUGUGCUUCGUGCGAGCGUCCUGUUGUACAACGAACCUUGCAAGCACGAUACCGCUAUCGGCGAGAUUGUCGAAAAGGACGUCCUCGGCGUACGCAAGGACGAUCGGCCGGACCUCUUGAUCGUCGCUGGUACCACGCUCAAGAUCCCGGGUGUCAUCAAGAUUGUUAAACAGCUUUCGAACGCUGAUGAGGAAGAUACCGAGACCGAGCAAGAAGACGCCGACGAGUUUGAUGUGGAUAAUUUCCCUAUCCGGACCAUCCUCCUCAAUAGGGACGCACCGGGCAAGGCGUGGGAAGACACGUUUGACGUCUGGGUACAAGGCGAUCUGCAGGAUUUC